UUAAGCAAUCGUCACCCUGGGCGGUACUAAGCCCCACCAUGUGUACGUGGUACGGUUUAUCCUACUCGGUCGGAAAGUUAUGUCCACUCGUUUUGGCUGAUGGGCUGAGUCAAACUCCUCCAUUACAUCCUGGACUCCUCCCCACUCUUCACCGUUCACUGGCCCAUUUCCUUCCAUGGUGGGCCUCCUGAUGCGGCCCUCAUCUCUCUCUCCACCUUCGUCACUUCAUCCAUGAUACAAAGGGCCCAGUGCCGUUUUUCCAGUUAUGAACGACUCACAGUUACAGCUUUCAACUCCCGUCUUCAUCAAUCUUAUGUUUAUGUACCUACCCCAUCAUCGUAAUUCUUAGGGUAACUCCCUCUAACUCUUACAGCACUGUCCGUUCCCCCACCCUCUCUCUCUCUCUCUCUAGUCCUCUUCUAUAAAUAGGAAAUGGCACCAACAUACAUAAGACAAAUAUCACUCAAGAGAGUGAUACUUAGAGCUUGAUUCCUUGCUUCCUCACUCCUCACUAGGACGGUGUGUGGUGUAGGUAAAUACUUCAAAAAUAUCCUAUAUUAUAAUGAAGCUCUGCAUCAGCACGGUCCGUCCCUGCACCUUCCCAACACCCAAAUGCGUGUCCUUCUCUGUACGGUGCAGUACCGCAAGGCCCGUCACGCAAAUGCCCAAACCGGCUAGGCUUGGCAAAAGGUGGACAGAGUACCAAGGGGUCCAAAACUGGCAGGGCUUGCUUGACCCACUCGACGAUGACCUACGUAACGAGAUCAUCCGCUACGGCAAGUUCGUAGAGGCCACUUAUAAAGCCUUCGACUUCGACCCUUCUUCUCCUUCUUACGCCACGUGCCGGUUCCCCAAACUCUCUCUCUUCGACCACUGUGGUCUCCCCAGCACCGGUUACCGGCUCACCAAGAACCUGCACGCCACGUCUGGGGUUCGGCUGCCACGUUGGAUCGACAAGGCUCCCAACUGGAUGUCCAACAGGACCAGCUGGAUUGGUUAUGUGGCGGUCUGUCAGGACCAAGACGAGAUAGCCCGGCUUGGCCGUCGUGACGUGGUGGUCGCCUAUAGAGGGACUGCUACUUGUCUGGAGUGGCUUGAGAAUCUACGUUCCACGUUGACACAACUCCCUGAUACAACCAAUGUGGGCCUCCACGAUGAGCCCGAGCCCAUGGUGGGGAGGGGAUUUCUUAACCUCUAUAUGUCCGGAACCGCAGAGUACCGUAGCUUGCGGGACGAGGUGAGGGUAGAGAUUGGUCGUCUCAUCCAAUCCUACGGCGACGAGCCUCUCAGCUUAACCAUCACCGGACACAGCCUAGGUGCGGCACUUGCGACUAUUACUGCCUACGAUAUAACCACCACCUUCCGUCAUCCACCGUUGGUGACAGUCAUCUCCUUUGGCGCCCCACGUGUUGGUAACCGUAGCUUCAAAUGCCACGUGGAAAAAUCAGGAAGCAAGAUACUACGUAUAGUAAACUCAGAAGACCUCAUCACAAAAGUCCCCGGCUUUGUCAUCGAUGAGGUGUCAAGCAGAGAUGCCAUCCAAGUGGCAAGAUUCCCAAGCUGGUUACAGACACAAUGGGUUUAUGCUGACGUGGGCACGGAGCUCCGAGUCAGCAGCAGAGAUUCGCCAUAUUUGAGUGGACCCACAGCCAAUGUUGCCACAUGUCACGAGCUGGAUACUUAUCUCCACUUGGUAAAUGGCUUCGUGAGCUCACAGUGCCCGUUUCGGACAACACAACAGCCACCGAUCACAAAGUUAGUUGGGUAAAGGUCAAGGAUGCGUAUUGUUAUCCUUUAAAAAAUGGACACCAAUUGUCUUAUACCAGAAGGCUAAUAUGCACCCAAGGCGUUGACUACAAAUAGUCUUCCAUGCGGCAGCAGAAGCCGAAGCUCUAAAAUCCGGGCUCCACGUAAUGAGGCGAAUUCUUUGAAGAUGAAAUGACAUGACUAACCCUACUUCGUCUUUUUAUUUUUGUCAAGUGCCAUUCCGCCGCCGACCAAUUUUGGGAAAGGGAAUGACCAACUCCAGCAUCGUCGAUCUUGGUGUCUCUUAUCUUUAUUUUGAGGAGCUGAGGACCGAAAAGGAAUCAUCUGUUUUAAGCGAUUGGAUUUUGUACACAAAAUUUGUUGGGUUUUCUUUUCCGCCACUUUGUCUGGUGAAUUAAAAUACUUCACCAUUGGCCACAUGAUAAUU